AUGCCAUUCAUUGGCACUUCUGCCAGCGAAGACAUCAUAGAUGUAAUGGUGGUUCAUGUCGAAGUUCGCUUGAAGCCCAUAUACGACGUCGAUUUAGCCGAUAUCAGAAAAAGGGUUGCUGCACUACUACGAGAAAAUUUUACAAACUGGGGUGAAUUCGAUUCAUGGCAUCAUGAUCCUUUGUUGGAAAAGCAUGUGGAAAAGAUAAGGGUCGCCGAUUGCGAAGAAAGAGAAGAAAAAGCCGAUCCUUCAAUUGACCCAUUCGAUUUUAUCAUAUAUGCUUAUCAUACAGCAUCUCAAGAUGACGUUGAGGAAUUGAUGGCAAACGAAGCUGAUGGCGCAGGUGAAGAAUCGUCACAAGAUGAUACAAUGGCAGCAACUGUGCUCGAACUACCGAAUGCAAGCUUAGAUGGAUCAUGGGAAAUGCUCUUUUACGAGAAUCAGAUGAAAGAAAAGUUAUUACGAUACAUCUAUACGACCUUGAUUUAUUCUGAUGCAAAGGUUGACACGAAUAUAAUAUCAUGGAACAGGCUCUUGCUUCUACAUGGUCCACCAGGAACAGGUAAAACAAGUCUAUGCAGAGCACUGGCGCACAAAUUAUCGAUUCGUUUGGCAGAUCGAUAUUCGUAUGGAAAAUUGAUCGAAGUCAAUUCACAUUCGCUUUUCUCAAAAUGGUUUAGUGAAUCAGGUAAAUUGGUACAAAAGAUGUUUAGUAUGAUUCAAGAAAUGGCAAGUGAUCCAGAUGCAUUCAUUGUGGUUUUGAUCGAUGAAGUGGAAUCUUUGACAGCUUCAAGAGCAUCGGCUUCUAGUGGAACAGAGCCAAGUGAUGCAAUUCGUGUUGUGAAUGCGUUAUUAACUCAAUUGGAUAAGCUCAAACAGCGCAGUAACGUACUGGUGGUGACGACGUCAAACCUAUCUGAAAAUAUCGAUUCUGCUUUUGUCGAUCGAGCAGAUAUCAAGCAAUACAUCGGCCCGCCAACUGCAGAUGCAAUUUAUCAAAUCUUUAUAUCCUGCUUUUUGGAGUUGGUAAGGGUGAAGCUUAUCGACAUUGGAACGACUGAAUUGCCUUGCGACUAUUAUCACGAUGCAAAGGAAUGUGCGGAAGGCUCGAUAGAGAAACAAUUGGCAUAUAUAUCUGAAAAAGCAGUUGGCAUGUCAGGACGAUCUCUUCGACGAUUGCCAAUCAUUGCACAUACGAAAUUACAACUCCUGCUCAAUGGACCAAAGCUAUGCGUCAAGCAGUAUUUCAUCAUGAGCUUGAAGGUUCCAAUAUGA